CUCUUUGGUCAGCGGUUGGCAUUACGUCACUUGAUAUUGCUUCUUCAAACGCGUUGCGCAUGGAAUGUUGGGUGUUGUGCUGAAGGCUGAGGUAAACAGUUGAAAAGUUCGAGUUAAUGCCAAAGUUUGCAUAUCUUGAACAAGCAAAAUGGUUGAAGGCGGACUGAGUUGUGUCAAAUACUUGCUGUUUGGUUUCAAUUUGAUAUUUUUUCUCUGUGGAGCUGGAAUUCUUGGAACAGGGAUUUGGCUGCGUGUUGAAAAGGGUGACUAUGUGUCAUUCACUGACUAUGAAUUUGCGACAGCAUCAAACUUGGCUAUUGCUGCAGGUGUUGUCAUAGUUGUGGUGACACUUCUUGGAGUGGUAGGCUCAAUCAAGGAAAACAGGAUCAUGCUUCUCAUGUUCUUUGUUUCCUUGCUAUUGAUUUUCUGCCUGGAGAUAGCUGCUGGAGGGCUUGCCUAUGCUAACAGAGGAAAGAUUGAAACAGAAGUACGAAAGGACUUGAAUGUAACCAUCCAUGAAAAGUAUAGCGUUGAAUCGGGUGCCACACAAGCUAUUGACAAGAUGCAGGAAUUUUUCAAAUGUUGCGGAAAUAACAACGUAGAUGACUGGAAAUAUUCAAAAUAUUAUGUCAGCAAAGGGUAUGUUCCGGAGAGUUGUUGUAUGAAGGACAAGCGAAAUACCGUUGAUUGUGGCAAGGACCUCAAAAACGUGAACACCAGGGGCUGCUACAAGGAGGUGAAGCAGUUUCUCUUGGAUCAUCUUCUCAUCAUCGGCGUCACUGGCAUUGUGUUUGGUGUCAUUCAGAUUCUUGGGAUGAUACUAUCCAUGUGUCUGUUUUGUGGAAUUUCAAAAGAAGGAACUUAUGCUUAUCAAAGACGAAUAGAAAAGAUGAUUGAUCAGCGCCUAAAUUGUAUCAAGUACUUACUUUUUGGCUUCAAUCUAGUAUUUUUUCUUUGUGGAGCUGGAAUACUUGGCACUGGAAUAUGGCUUCGUGUGGAGAAAGGCGAUUAUGCAUCAUUUUCAGAUUAUGAAUUUGCGACAGUAUCUAACCUUGCAAUUGGUGCUGGAGUUGUCAUUGUUGUGGUGACAUUCCUUGGUGUUGUCGGGUCCAUCAAGGAAAACAAAAUUAUGCUGCUAAUGUUCUUCAUUUUCCUCCUGUUGAUCUUUUGCUUGGAAAUCUCUGCAGGAGGGCUUGCUUAUGCAAACAAAGGGAAAAUUGAAAGAGAGGUUAGGAAAGAUUUAAGUCUGAUGAUAAGUGAGAAAUAUGGUGAUGAACCUGGAACAACUGAGGCAAUUGAUAAGAUGCAGACAUAUUUCAAAUGCUGUGGAAAUUUAAAUUGGAAUGAUUGGGCCAACUCCAAGUUUCAAAAGGGUUACCCACCUAAGAGCUGUUGUGUUGAAGAACAGCAAAACAAUAACGACUGUGGAAAAGAUCCCAAUAAUGUCUAUACAAAGGGUUGCUACAAGGAAAUCAGCAAGUUUCUGUUGGAGCAUCUUCUUGUAAUAGGUGUUAUCGGACUUGCCUUCAGUGUAAUUCAGGUCCUUGGCAUGAUAUUCUCAAUGUGGCUGUUCUGUGGAAUAACUAAAGGAACAUAUGCAUAAAUAGGAUGUCAAAUGAACUAUAACAGCACUAUAAAAAGGAUGGUGUGGUUUGCAGUGUUUCACUGUAUUUAAUCCAGUUUUAAGAGCUUCAUUAAAAACCAAAGUACUUUAUCCAAAGAACUUAAUUUUAAUAUGCCCUGGCCUGAGAGGUGUGAGCACCUUCUCACAGCUUUGUUAGUUUAUCUUCAAAAAGAAACAUGUUUUAAAGGUUGAUUUGAAUGUUUUGUUGCAUAAAUGUGUGUUUAUUUGUAUAAAGUUUAUUGCCAAAUAUUUAUUUAUUUUGCCUAUUUUUAAAGAGCUAAUGAUACGUUGAGAGUGAAAAGAUAUAAAUCUUGUUACUA